AUGAAAUCAGCUUACGCCCCCCUCGUCCUGGCAGCCGUUGCCGCCGCCAGCCCCAUCAAGCUCAUCGAAGACGUCGCCCACUCCAUCGGCCUUUACAACAAGGGAGGUUCCAGUGGCUACCAGGGCGCUUCGGGUCCUUUCUCCUUCACCUCGACCUACGACGUGAUUGCCACGCCGGACCAGGUCGUCGAUAACAACAACACCUUCACCGGCGGCCUGGCCGGGGCUGUCGGCUAUUACAGCUACGGCAUCAACUCCUACGAGAAUGUCAUCUGCUACAACAUCACUCUGGUCGGCUUCAGGGGCGAGUACCAGUCCCCAGCUGUGUCGGCCACCCACAUCCACCAGGCACAGAAGGGCCUCGCCGGGCCUCCUCGUAUCGCCUUCCCCAACCCGGUACCUGUCGAGGGUGCCCAGAACGUUCGCCGCAGCAUCGGCUGCGUGAGCGGCCCUUUCCGCACCGGCGUCAACGCCACUGGUGUUGACACCGGCACGGGCUUCACUGUACGCCAGAUCGAGGAGAACCCCUCGGACUUCUUCACCGACGUCCACUCAAGCCUGGCUGUCCCCGGCGCCGUCCGCGGCCAGCUGAGCGAUGGUGUCAACGCGGAUUGCGAAGACAAGAAGAACUAG